AUGCUGAUCAAUUUCCAUAUUGCAGCCUCGGCCAUGGCCGCCAUGGCCAUUCCUAUAGUUUACUUCUUCCUAUGGAAACUAAAAUCGACGCCCAAAACCGCCCUGUCUUCUUCCGACAAGCUUCCUAAAUCUUAUCCUAUAAUCGGAUCGAUCUUAUCCAUCUGGAAAAAUCAACAAAAAUUCGUCCAAUGGACAUCGGAGAUCGUCACCUCCACCCCGACGCUGACUUUCCUGCUCCGCCACCCUUUCGGCCGGAAAACCAUUUUCACGGCGAACCCCGCCGUCGUCCGCCACAUUCUCAAGUCCAAUUUCAAGAAUUACAGUAAAGGGGAAGCUUUCCGGGGGACUUUGAGAGACUUCCUCGGCGACGGAAUUUUCAAUUCCGACGGGGAGAUGUGGAAAUUCCAGCGACAGAUUGCAAUUCACGAAUUCAAGACGAAAUCUUUGUGGAAAUUCGUCGAAAACGUCGUCGAUUCGAUGAUCGCCGGACGCCUGAUUCCGGUCAUGGAGAACGCCGCCGCGGCGGUCCUGGACUUACAAGACGUGCUUCAUCGAUUAGGGUUUGAUAAUAUCUGCAAAAUUGCAUUCGGAUAUGAUCCCGGACACCUCUCGCCGUCGCCGUCGCUGCCGCCGGUGAGCUUCGCCGCCGCGUUUGAAAAGGCUAUGAAGCUCUCCGGCGACAGGUUCCAGGCGUUUUUCCCUUAUUUGUGGAAAAUCAAAAAAGCCCUAAAUGUCGGAUCCGAGAGGGAGCUCAAAAUCGCCGUCGGCCAUGUCCGGGAAUCGGCGAUCCAAAUCGUCAGGGCGAAGAAGGAAGAGCUUUUCCGGCGAUCAAACGGCGGCGGCGAUGGCGACGGCGACGGCGGUGAUCUUCUGUCGAGGUUUUUGAGCUCAGGUCACACCGACGAGGAAUUCGUUACAGAUAUUGUCAUAAGUUUCAUACUCGCCGGAAGGGACUCGACCUCCGCCGUGCUGACGUGGUUUUUCUGGCUGCUGUCGCGCCACCGGCGCGUGGAGGAGGAGGUCGUCGGAGAAAUCGAAAACACGUCGGGAGUUUCAGCGUACGAGGAAGUUAAAGAAAUGGUUUACACGCACGCUUCUCUCUGCGAAACGAUGAGGCUUUACCCGCCGAUUCCGAUGGAUCCGAAAACGGCACAAAACAACGACGUUUUGCCGGACGGGACGGUGGUGGAGAAGGGGGCGGUGGUGGUCUACCAUCCGUACGCUAUGGGGCGGGCGGAGGCGGUGUGGGGGAAGGAUUGGGCGGAGUUCCGCCCUGAGCGGUGGCUGGAGAGGGACGCCGGCGGCGGCGGCGCCGGAAAGUGGAGAUUUGUGGGGAAGGAUGAGUACAGUUUUCCGGUGUUCCAAGGCGGGCCGAGAAUAUGUUUGGGGAAGGACAUGGCGUUUAUUCAGAUGAAGAGAGUGGUCGCGGCGGUCUUGCGGCGGUUCAGGGUGGUGCCGGUGGCGGCGGAUGGGGCGGAGCCGGUGUUUAUCCAGACGUUGACGGCGAGAAUGGAAGACGGUUUGCCUGUGAGAUUGGAAGCAAGGGUUAAGUAG